UGUUCCGGGUGGGACGGAGGGGGCGGGGCGCAGGGUGCCGCCCUUCCUCGGCUCCUCCUCCUCAGUCGCAGUCCGAGAGGCUUCGAGCUGUCUCCUUUGAUUCCCAGUGAUUCCUGAAUGAGAACAUUCCUGAAGGACCCAAGUCUCCUCAAAUAACUGUUUUGUUGACUAGAACCUACAAGGAGCAAGAACUCCAGUAUGGAUGAGAAUGUAGAUGAACCUCCCACCUCUGCUAUCCUCUUGGACAGUUGCCACUUCUCCCAGGUCAUCUUUACUAAUGUAGAGAAAUAUUAUAUGCCUGGAGGAGAUGUCAUCUGCUACUAUACCCUCACAAAGAAUAUCACUCCUCGCAGAAAGGACUGGGUGGGCAUUUUCAGGGUGGGAUGGAAAACAACCCGUGAAUAUUACACAUUCAUGUGGGCACCUUUGCCCAGCAGCCUUGACAGCGAUGCAGUGCUGCAGCAAGAAGUUCAGUUUAAAGCCUACUACCUGCCAAAAGAUGAUGAAUAUUACCAGUUCUGUUACGUUGACCAGGAUGGGGUGGUCCGUGGAGCCAGCGUGCCCUUCCAGUUCCGUGCAGAGGCUGAGGAUGACAUCCUGGUGGUUACCACACAGGGAGAAGUGGAGGAGAUUGAGCAACAGAACAAGGAUUUACUUAAAGAAAACCAACAACUGAAGGAAAGCUGCAAGAGUCUCCAGAAACAGAACAUGGACCUGCAGGAGAAGCUGAGAAAGGCACAGGAGAAGAUGAAGCAGCUAGAGGGAGAAGUCUGUUUCCUGCAGACUGAGAGCUUGAAGCUACAGAGUGCUCUGGAUCAACAGGCUGCGGAGCUAACUGCUGUUCAAAUUGAUUUGGCUUCCAUUAAGGAGAAAAAUAUGGACCUGGGAAAGGAGAACCAGGAGCUGCGCAGUGAUCUGGACUCUCUGAGGGGCAGCAGUGAGAAACUGGAGCUGGAGUUGAAUUCCCUGGGAGAGAAGAACAGGCAUCUCAAGGAGCAGAAUGCCUGCAGAGAUGCUGAGCUGCACCAGCUGAAAGAACAAAGCCAAAGUAUCUCAUCUGAAAAGGAACAGCUGGGAAACAGACUGAAAACAACCCUGGAUCAGAUGGACCAGCUGCAGUCACAGGUGCUGAGUCAAGAAAAGGAAAUUGAAAAUCUGGUUCGUAUGGACCGAGACAAAACUGAGCAGCUGGAACAUUUGGAGAAGGAGAAACAACAGUUACACAUCACUUUAGUGGAACAGAAGGAGCAUACAGAGAAGCUUGAACACGCUCUGGAGAAUUCAAAUGCGACUGAGGCCAACACGUUCCUUCGUCUGCAGCAUGUGCAGUUUCAAAGCCAAGAUUUAACAAAGGAACUUGAAGAAAAGAACCAUUUAUUUCAGAUUCUCCAGAGAAAAAAGAAUGAACUUGAUGAGGAAAAUCAGCUAUUAAAGCAGGAGAACAGUGACCUGCUGAGGCGCCUUUCUGCACUUCCAGAUUAUUCUUCCUUUGCUGCUGCCUCACCAAUGUAUGUUCAGGUGCCUCCAGAAGAUGCAGGACUUGUUUUUGGAAAUCCAUAUGCCUCCCCAAAGACAAGUGCUGAGAACAUGUCUUCUCUGAAGAAAUGCCCCUGGUGUAUUGCAUCUUUUCCUGAGGACAUUGAAGAAAGUCAGUAUGCAGUCCAUGUGCGAAGCCACCUGUUGGAGUGCCCUAUCUGCAGUCAGACCUUUGAAGAGUCCAAUAAGCAGGUGUAUGAGGAUCAUUUGUUCUGUCAUGAUUUGGAAUAAUUCUUAACUCUUCUUUUUGCUCUCUAGAGUAGGCAGCAUAGCUGCUCUUUCAUAACUCUCAGCACCAACUAGAUUAGAAUCAGUUUUGUAGGUUACGCUACUCCCAGUGAGGCCACCCAAACAAGGCUGGACAUAGCACUGAUACUGCAGUGCUGACCCUGGUGUUCCAGAUGGAGGGACCCCUUACUGAAUUGGAUCACCUAUCAAUGCCCUGAAAUAGAUCCGUGCUUGUCAGCUAUGUCUUGUUAUCUUGAGUCAAGCCUAGACACUGUGAAACAGCUCAGUCCCUAUAACCAAUCAUUCAGUGAUAGCUGUGAUAUAUCAUUUAGCUUUGGCCGAGUAAUAAGAAUCUAUAAUAGCAGUUUUGAAUUGUUUGUGCUUGGAAAGAAAUCUCUCUUCCAUAAUGUUUUUUUUUUCCCGUGGCAUAAUGCUGUGGACACUAGUCCAUAGACUAAAGCAAGUGUACAUACCUUUUGAGCUCAUGCUUUCUGACUUCUUUGAGGUAUCAGGAGUGCAGAGCUAAUGGUUAAUAAAAAUGUACCUAUUUCCUCUUCCUUCAUUCUCUGUCCCCACCCAGAUAACAUUUUAUAUGUUUCAGCAAUGCAUUUAGCCAUCCAUAAGCCUUUUCUAAAAUAAUGGAUGAGCCUGGAUUGUUUCUUUGAUUUGUAUGUAGCAUCUUGACUUCAGCCCUUACUCCAGGACAAGAAGGACCUGUUCUCAGAACACAGUGGGUUCAAAACUAUCAAGUGCCUAGGGUGAUUAUAAUGACUGGACACUCUAUGCAAAAAAACACUACUUUGAAUUCUGUUUCUGGUUGCAGUACGCAAUAAGCAAUUUUUCCUUCUAUGCAAGUACAAAAGGAUUACAUUUAUUAUUCAACUGUGUCAUACUGUGCAUUAAUUUACUGAUGAAUAUGUAAAGCUAUGGGAAAUGCUAAUAGGUUUUCAUAGCAGCUUGGUUUAAAUUAACUUGAAUAUUAAGAAUAAUGGAAACCUUUAAAAUGUUGUUUAAAUCUUUUCAAAGCUGCCAACAUAAAUAAACUUGUUAUCAGUCAACCUAUAGUGUUAAACAUUA